AUGAUUGACUCUGAACUUACUGAAAUGCAGGAGUGGAAGCUUGAGGUCAUUGUCCUGUCUGAUCCCCAGGAUCUGGACCAGGUUUCUACAGCAGCCACAGCUGGCAACAAUAGCAUGGGGGGCAGGAGAGCACAUCAUCAUGGGCUGUGGAAGACAGUCUUGAGCAGCAGGAGAGUGAUCAUCAUGGGCUUCUCUCCUCAGUCCAGCCGCCCCAUCCCUGGGGACUUGUGCCCACCACACAGGGGUGUACAGAAUGCUAUACUAGUGGUUCUCCUUACUUGGACUAUUGUUGUGACAUUAUGUGAUGAUUGUACCUUUACUCCGUUGGAGGCCACUGUAGGGAAUCAACCAAAAGGUUGCAGUGAUGCUCAAGGUGUAUUUCAUUACUUACAUAGUACCUGGAGAACUGAUAACUGUGAAAUAUGUGAUUGUCUUGAACAAGGAAUGGAGUGCUGUAGCAUUACUAUGAGGGCUGUUGGGUAUGACGAAAAUCAAUGUGAGGAAGUUUUCGACAGAUGGUUAUGUCUUUUCAAAGCUGUAAAGAAAGAAAAUCCCUCUCAACAUUGUGAAGUCUCAGAAUAUGUUCAUUAG